CACAAUUUGCUUUACUGGGCAAUUUGCUCCUGUAUUCAAGAUUGCCCAGCUCUGCCCUGGCUCUCCAUGCAGAGCAAACUUCUGCUUCUGCGGAUGCUGGCUGCACCUCUGAGAGACAGCGCGAUCAGUGGGAACAGGGACAUCUCAGAAAGGCAUCCCAAGGGGAGAGCAGGAGCCAGCAAGGCUCAGGGCUCGCCCAGUGUUCGCCCACAUGGCCCAGCUUUAUGCUGACCUGAGGUUUGCCAAAGUGAUGGGGGGCCAGAGCACAGCCAGCCAGGCACUGGAGGCAGGUGAGAGCCUGCGCCUGCGCUGGCAGAGCAGGAUGCGGAUGGACCAGAGCCCGGCCCAGGUGAGUAUCCAGCUGGAUUCCAGCAGACCCAGGGUGAUCCUGGUGUGGGUUGUGGGUGGUGUUUUGGAGCCCUCCCACUCCCAUCACUCACACCAUACCACCUGUGCUGUCAUGCCACCUGUCUCCUGCCAGUACCAAGGAAGGAGGUCUGGGGGCUGUCAGGGAUUUUCCAGCUCUUUAGGUAAGGUCUGUUGUCUGUUGUGUCAUGCAGCAUGCUGGUCCCGUCGGUGGUGCAUCCCUGUGGGUCUGCUGGCAAUCUUCCUGCUGCUGGUGGCCACUGUGGCCCUGGGGGCUUGCUACUGGCAGGUCACCCGCAGCCUGCGGGACACCUCGCUCGAGCACGCGUCCGAGCAGGGCCGCCUGUCGCAGGAGCUGAGGGUACGGGAGCAGAGCCUGGAGCAGACACAACUGGAGUUGGCAUGGGCCAGAGAAGAGCUGCAGCGAGCAUGGCGUGAGGGCAACAUCACCCAGAUGGAGCUGGACAGAGUGAACGUGGAGCUGCGUCGUGUCACGGGGGUCCUGGGCAAGACAGAGAGGGAGGUGCAGGAGGUGCAGGGGAGGCUCAACAACAGUGAGAGCACCGUGGCCCUGCUGCGCUCCUGCACAGCUAUAGAUUGCUGCCCUUCGGGCUGGCUGCUGUACAGGGGCAAGUGCCUCUUCAUCUCCUCGGAGAAGAAGACAUGGGAAGACAGCAGAGAUGAGUGUGAGAAGACAUAUUCUCAGCUUCUGGUCACCAAAUCCUGGAGUCGCUGGACUGUACCGACCUUCCUGAAGAAUGCAGAUGUCCCAUACUGGAUUGGAUUGCAGAAGGGCAGUUUUCCGUGGUACGACUAUGGCUGGCUGGAGGAAGAUGACCCGGACAGUGAAGGGGGCUCCGAGGCCUGGUUCUGGGUGGAUGGCUCCCUUUAUGAAAGGCCCUGGCAGUCAAAAUCAAAUGGAACCUGCGCCAUAAUAAGCCGUGGGAGCAUCAAACCUGCCCAGUGCACUGGUCCCAGUGAUCUGCACCUCUGGAUCUGUGAGAAGGCAGCAGGGCCAAGCCUCCCUUUCAAGUGAGGAUGGCUGCUGGCCCCAGCACUGCUUCGCACCUGCACCCUGCACCGCCUCUGCUUCAGCCUUGCUGUGUCCCUGCCCCAGGACUUCCCAUCCAUUCCAGCCAACCACUUCCCUCUCCCAGCCCGCUGCCCCUGGGCCACCACUGAUGCCCAGUGGCCCAUUGCCUCCAGCUGCCGUGCUUUGGCUCAGUGGUAGAGGCUCCACAGCUGACCCCAC